UUCAGCCACCAUUGGCAGGCACUAAGGCAGAAACAACAGCGUUCACUUUCUUUUUUUUCCGGCGUCGCUAAUCUUUGACUUUCCUCUCUCUUGGUCUCAAAUCCAUCUUCGCUUUGUCCGUUGUAAAGUUUUGAGGCGGCUCUAAACUUCACGGUUCCAUCCUUGUACUGUUCUGUUAUUUCGAAGCCCUGACUUUACGGUAGCCAGUGUAACCAUAGUCGAGCUUCAAGCUCGGGUUGAAACCGAGUUAGCGAGCCGCCGAUUCCCAACAGAAUGAGCCUUAUCAACUGCCGCAACCGUGCUCUCGCGGGCUUGCGAGCCCGUCUCCUAAACUACCCGCGAAUAUUUUCAGUCUAUAAUCAGACUGUUCGUUCCGUCCACGACUCGUUUGGUUCGUCGACGGAUUCCGGCGUCGCUUAUGCCACCGCCGUUAGUGCCAGAGAUAAGGCUUUGACUCGUUCGUCUUUUCCCACUCGAGCAUGUGACACUACUAACGACCACGUGUUCGCUUACUACUACAGCCCGCACCGCCAGUACCAUAAUAGUAGGCAUAGUACCGAGUAUUAUAGUAGAAACCGCGACCGCCAUCACGACCCCUCCGACCAUUCCAAUCACCCACACCUCUACGCGCACUCCCCGCGCCCCGCCGGACGCGCGCCCGCGCUUCCGCGGAGCUUCCCCUCGUCCGCCUUCGACCAUUUGUCCGCCCCCGCCGUGGUUGGCAGCGGACGAACCGCGUCGUAUAGGGACCUCCUCGCGCACGCCGCCAGGCUCGCGCGCGAGUUCCGGAAGCGCCUGUCACGUGUCGAGCCCAGAGCCCCGCACGUGGCGGACCAGCACGAAGCCGCGGAGUCAGUGGAGCGGGGGGGAAUAAGCGAGGGAGCAAGGGCGGCGGGGAAUGGCGCAGGGGAAGCGCGGGCGGAGCAGCAAGGAGGGGAGGCGGAGGCGGCGGAAGGCCCGCGGAUUGCGAUUUUUGGGCGGCCGGGAACGGACUAUGUGGCGGGCAUGUGGGCGGCAUGGGCGGCGGGGGGGGUGGCGGUUCCUCUGUGCGACAGCUACCCCGCAGAUGAGCUGCUAUACGUGCUUAAAGACUCGGGAGCUCGCCUGGUGGUAGGGCCAGAGUCCAGCCGCCCAAUCCUGGCGCCGCUGGCGGCAGACGUGGCGGCGGAGUUUGUCCCAUCUGACCCGCUGGAGGGCAGGGAGCUGGAGGAGCGGGACACGGCGGAGGAACGGGCGGGGGUGGAAGCGAUGAAGAACGUGCCCUUCUCGCACGCAGCUGCUCUGAUAGUGUACACAAGCGGCACCACCGGCCAGCCCAAGGGAGUGGUGCACUCACACAUAGGGCUCGCCUCCCAGGCCAGCAUGCUGGUGGACGCGUGGGACUUCUCCCCCUCGGACCGAGUGCUCAACGUGCUGCCCUUGCACCAUAUCCUGCCGCAUGUCUCUAUACUCCCUCUCCCCCUCCUCCUCCCUUCCUCCACCCUGUCUCUCCCCUCACCCCCCUCCUCUCCUUGCUCAACGUCUUGCCCUUGCACCAUAUCCUGCUGCGCAUGCCUACACCCUCUCUUCUUUUUCUACUGCCCUCCUCUUACCCCCCUCCUGUCCUUCUUUCUCGACGGCCUACCCUUACCUCUGUACCUCCUGCAACCAGCCAUCUCUUCCUUGAAUCGUACACGUGUUUUAACUCCACGCUUCACGUGUCUCGAACUGCACACUUCAAACUGCUCACCCUCUCUUUUCCUCCCUAUAUGACCCGCUCAUCUUUAUGACCCUUCUCACCGCAUCCGUUUUUGGACACACUUGACUAAUUUGGGACCUGGGCUUCAACCGUCGCCCCCUCCCCUGUGCCUCAUCCAUCUUACUCCACGUCUCUCGCCCCACCGCCCUCGCUCAUUCCCCAACCCCUCUGUCUUCGAACCUCUCGCCCCACCUCCCACCUCCCACCUCCCACCUAUCUUACUCCGCUCGUCUCUCGCCCCACCCCAACCUCUGUCUUUCGUUCAUCCAAUGGAUUUCCUUAACCGUCGCCCCACCUCCCACCGUCCUCGCUCAUUCCCCAACCCCUCUAUCUUCGACCCUCUCCGUUUCAAUUUUCCUUUCCCCUGGCUUCGCCAUCCAUCGAUUCUAACCAUUUGAAAUGGGUGCUGCUGCUGCCUCGCCCCUCAUUCCUGCUCCUGCCUUCCUUUGAAAUGGACGCUGCUGCUGCUGGUGCUGCUGCUGCUGCUGCUGCUGCUGCUGAUGGUACUGCUGUUGUUCCGGCUGGCGUCACCAUGGGCACAUGUCCAUGGCAUCAUGAACGCUCUGCUCAGCCCUCUCUCCGCUGGUGCCACGGUCGAGUUUCUCCCCGACCAUCGCUUCGACGCAGCAGCCGUGUGGCAGCGGUGGCGUGAGAGCUACCCCGAUGGGCGGUGCGCUCAGCCCGACUCCAUCACCUUCUUCACCGGGGUGCCCACCCACUAUGUGCGACUGCUACAGGAGUUUGACCGCAUGCCUCUUCAACUGCAGAGGAGAUCAGCCCUGGCUGCCAGCAAGCUGAGGCUCAUGAUGUGUGGGUCUGCCUCGUGCCCCGAAGAGCUCAUGCGGCGCUGGCAGCAGGUCACGGGGCAGAGGCUGCUGGAGCGAUAUGGCAUGACAGAGUUCGCCAUGGCGUUGACCAACCCGCUGCUGGGAGAGAAGAAGCCACAAUCAGUAGGCGUGCCCCUUCGGGGAGUCAAGGUGAAGCUAGCCGACAUUGCAAAGGCCCGGCCCGGCAGCAGCACCAGCGGCGGCAGUGCUGGCAGCUCGGCUGCAAGAGGCGUGUUGGGACACGUGCCUGCUCCAGGGGCGUUCAGCAGGAGCAUCGGCAGCGGCAGCGGCGGCGGCAGUAGUGGUAGCACCAGUGGUGGCAGCAGUGGUGGCAUCAACAGUGGCAGCAGCACUACUAGCAGCGGCUCCUGGAGUGGGGGAUGGGGAGAGCUGCUUGUCAAGAGCCCCGGCAUGUUCCUGCGAUACUGGAACAAGCCCAAGGAGACAGCCGAGGCGUUUGAUCCCGAGGGGUGGUUCCGGACGGGCGACAUUGCAUCGGUGGACAGCCAUGGGUACUGGCAGAUCCACGGGAGGGAAAGUGUGGACAUUAUUAAGACAAGGGGCUACAAGGUGUCUGCCCUCGAGAUAGAGUCCAAGCUACUGGAGCAUCCCCUUGUGUCCGAGGCGGUGGUCCUCGGCGUACCAGACAGGGAACAGGGGGAGGCAGUGGCGGCAGUGGUGGUUCUGGGAUCAACUUUACCGCAUCACCAGAACCACCACCGUACCAAUCACCAACAGCAGCAGCAGCAGUAUCAGCAGCAGCACGUUGAUAGUGCGCCUGGGAGCAGCCAUGGGGAGGUGAAGAACGAAGGGGAAGAGGGAACGGGCGUUGCUGAUAGCAGCGAGACUGCAUCAGGCGGACACCCAAUGCUUACUCUUGAUGAGUUGAGGAAAUGGGCGUCUACCCGCGUGGCUGGUUAUAAGGUACCCUCGCGCCUGAGAGUGGUCGACAAGAUGCCACGCAACGUCAUGGGGAAGGUGAACAAGAAAGAUCUUCUGAGGGACCUCUUUCCCCGCUUGCAGCAGUCGUGACUCGUGACUCAUGGGUCAUCAACGCAAUGCUCCCAACAGCCCAAUAGGAAUAUGCCCGCACGUUUAGGAGCAAUGUGGUCACGACUGCUCAAGCUCUACUGUGUGCUUUGUGGUUUGCAAGAGGCUUGGUUUUUAGUGGAAAACGAUGGGUGUGAGAACCAUUGUACAGUUGUCUGGACCUCUGGGAUGUCUCUCCCAUGUACCGUAUGCUUGUUAUGAGCUGUGUUGGAUUGAAUUUGAAACUGUUCUAGUC